ACUAAACCAAGUUGUUUGCAUCUCUGCCCUGUGCAGCCGGCCCAGGGCAUUCUAUCUCUCCAAGCAAGAUGGGCGCAGGAUCAAGGUCGCUACGAGACAUUGAUAAAAGUGGAUGUUUCCCGCUUGUGAUUUCCCAUCUUGGCGACAAUGGCACCAACAUCAUCUAGCACAGCAUCCGCCAGUCGGCCAUAUCGAUCACACAAAGUUCCUGCAUGCGACUUGUGCCGACGCCGAAAGAUUCACUGCAAUGUUGACGUCCCUGGCCAAUCGUGUCGAUUUUGCAGGGAGCGUGACUUGACGUGCGAGUUCAGACAGAAGCGAGCGAGCGAUGCCGUGGAACAGCGCCCAGCUAAGCGUUCGAGAGCCAACCGCUCAGAGAACAGGAAUGUUCCUCAAGAGAUCUCUUCGAAAGGCAGCACUAUCGGCAUCACUCUCUCCAAACAGGGUGAGCGGUCACUGCCGGCCGACCUGUCUCCGGGGCAAAUUCAUGCCCAAGGAAUCUGUCUGAGAAAUGAGCAUCUAUCGCCGACAGUCUUGGGUCAAGGGACUACUACGCCAAGUGAAUCACUUGCACAGUUCCCAAGCGUCGCCGGCACAUCGCCGAAUGAAUCCUCGCUCAUGCUCAAUCCUCCAAUGGCGGAAGAUAUAGAAGUGCUUGAGCAUUAUCUUACCUCACAUGGUGCGGCAAGAUCGAUGGUAGCAAAGCCAUACAGUGUCAUAUCAACCGCGCCAGGUAAGCCCAUUGUAUAUCUGACAGUUCCAAGACGCCGGCAAGGGCUUCGUACAGAGAAUGAACCAGGCCAAAAACAGAGAGAGAUCAUGGAGAACGUACUGGGCAAGCUCCGCGAUCAUGUUGUAGAACUAUACUUCACUAAAAUGCAUCCUUGUUUCCCGAUAAUCGACGAGAAGACAUUCAAAGAGCUCUGGGUCCAAGACAGAACUCGAAUCUCAUCCCCGCUGCUCUGCGACAUCUAUGCUGCCGCAUUGCACUUCUGGCAUACAUCGCCAGAUUUGCAACCAUACCCGCAACCGGACCUCUCUUUCAUGUACAACCAGGCUGUUUCUGCUCUCCAAGAAGACUUCCUGGAGUCCACCAUCACCACGGUGCAUGCUGCACUGCUGGAUCUGGUAGGCAGACCUGUGAUGUCCAUUUCCGGUAACAUAAUCACGCUUGGACGUACUGUGACGCUUGCGCACAGUCUAGGCCUCCAUCGCAAUCCUGCGAAUUGGCGAGCGACAGAGCACGAGAAAAACGUACGCGUCCGGUUGUGGUGGGGAGUGUUGGUUCAUGACCAUUGGGCAAGUCUGGCUCAUGGAACUCCGCCACUGAUCCAAUCUCAGAACUGCGAUGUGCCAUUGCCUAACUUUGACACAGAAGAAAGUCACAUAAGCGACACUCAGUCUUCACAGUCCUUGUUUGUGCAGUUAUGCAAGCUUUCGCAGAUCCUGGGACAGUUGCUACCGUUCGUCUACACGCUCAAGAACGAUCCAGCUGACACAAUGCGGAGCUUGCGCCGCGUCGAAUGCUUGGUGGACGAUUGGGAAACAGAGUUACCAGCUUCUCUGCAGCAUGCAGGAUCCGGAGAUUGUCUAACGAACGGAGUUAGCAAUCUUCGCUUCUGCCAUUUGACGAUCAAGCUGCUCCUGUGUCGUAUUGCUUUCAAGACCACCACGUCGGAUGUGAGCGCAAGCCCAGCAGAAGCUCGUCCCUACCGCUUAGGCAUGCUGCGCGAGGCUGCGUUCCUUCUUAUUGACUUUGUGACAGCAUUAACACAAACACAGCUCAGCGAGUUCUGGUUGCCUUAUACUGCACAUCUCCUGGUGACGGCAGCUACUAUCACUCUGCGAUGCCUUCUGGAAUCUACAGACACAAUCACCAAACGUACAUGCGUGGAGAAAUUGGCUCAAUUCAGAGAUCGUUUGCAAAAAGCGAAGGCAGAGUCGAAUUGGGACCUCGCCGACUUCUGUCUCGAGAGGUGUGCAGAGCCCAUUGAUAAGAUCUGCGCAUCAAUGCGAGACGUACUGCCGGUAGCCGUACCUGCGUCGAAGGAGAGAGGGACCGCCACAAGCUCGCAGCAGUCGGAGCUCGAGGAUGCUGCGCUGGACUUCGACUUUGCGAGCUGGAGCUCGGAUUUCCUUCUUCCAGUGGACAAUUUUGACUAUCCUUUUGAUGCGCUUUGGAGUGUUCCAGGCUGAGCGUAGACGCGUUUCUGGACUUCAAUCGUUCUCCGGGCACCAAACACGCAGGAAGAGGCUCUUGCAACACACUGCGAAGAAGUUCUGAGACGGUCUGGAUCCGCAUCGAGGAAUGACGAGUGCUUAGAGCAUUACCGACGCUUCCAGUAUAAGUUAGGAGACGACAUUAGCGGACUCUUGUCACUCAGAAUUGCGAUCCGAAGAUUUCAACCAAGGACUCGAAGCCCACAGGAAACCCAAGGUCAGAUCAGGAACCGUCUGGGCAAAGCACCAAUU